AUGGGCGCCGGUCCUUUCGUCCUAGAGUUGGUGGCAGUAUUUAUUCUUACAGCACUACUGCUUAAUAAGUAUGCGGAUUGGCGUCGCCAUCACUUUAUAGUUACCUUGUCAACGUUCAUUGGUUGGUACUUUUCCUUUAUUAUAAUCUUUGUGCUCCCACUUGAUGUCGCUAUUACGUUCUACAAUAGAUGCGAACUUGAACGCGAUCGAGCUUUGAAUGUAUCUGAUGUGGAUUCGGUCUACUGUGAGCGACCUGGAGGUUAUGUUCCCGAUGCCGUUCUUCUAUGCUUGUGGAGGAUCGUGUACUGGACCGCUCAAGUCCUUACUUGGCUCGUACUUCCUUUCAUGCAAAGCUAUGUGAAUGCUGGGGACUUCAAAGCCUCCGGCAAACUUCGUGCUGCGUUGUUCAAUAACGCUGUAUAUUAUGGAUUAUACAUGACUGUGUUUACGGUAAUUUUAGUGUAUGCCAUCAUCAAAGGUGUAGUAAUCAAUAGAGAGCACUUAAAAGUUAUUCUUGUUUCCGCGUCGAACACAUGGGGUCUAUUUCUGUUGGUUAUCUUACUCGGACAUGGCUUUGUCGAGCUUCCGCGUAGCUUGUGGCAUAUGGGCAGUAGAGAGUAUCGGCUCCAUAAAACUUAUUUCAACAUCGAUAAGUUAUCUUCGGACAAAAAUGAGGCUGAAGAAGCCGUAAAGGAGACGUAUCGGGAGACUCGCGCAGUUCUCAAUAUUCUAAAAAAUGAGCAUGGGGCAAGAGAAAAGGCCCAAAUAAUUUUGUCGAAGUUUCCAGAGGAGGUGGUUAGCGAGCUGUUCCCGGCUCGUAAUGUUAUGGACUUCAGUAGCUUGAAUGCUGCUGAUUUGAGUUCCGUUAGCAGCGACAAAUACCUGAUACGACUUCAUAAGAAAGUUAUUUCUGCUGUCCAGUACCAUCAUCGAACCAUCGCCCAGUGGAGGUCGCUGAUUCAGCACGCUUUGUUUUUGGAGGAUUUGGCUCAAGCAGAAGUCACUGGAAAACUCGAGUUGAAUUCGCCCAGCAUCCUUCCAGAAAAAGUGCAGUUCUUUUGGUUGGUAGUUGCACAACGUCCACUCUGCAAGGUGCUCUCCGUUUUGCUGGCUUGCAUGACCAUACUGAUUCUUAUCAGUGAAUGUACAUUUUUCAUUGUAAGUCCGACAUUAACCCCCGCUGGUAUAAUUGUGGAUUAUGCUGCAAAGCGAUUUCAUUACAAAUAUACUCAGCUUGUUGCGAUGGGUAUUAUCUGCUACUUAUGUUCGUGUGCUUAUUUUACUGUAUUCCGGCUAAAGAUUUAUCAGUAUUAUCACUUGGAUCCGAAUCGUCAUACAGAUGGGAACAGUUUACUAUUCAGUGCAAUCCUGCUUUGCCGUUUGACUCCACCUAUAUGCUUGAAUUUUCUUGGAAUGAUCCAUUUGGAUUCUCAUGUUACAAUGGCAAAGGACUUCGGAGUGGAAACCCAAUUCACCAGGUUGAUGGGCCAUCUUGAUGUUCUGCCCAUUCUGGCGAAGGGAAUCAACAUAUAUCUGCCUAUAUGCAUUCUCAUAUUCUGUGCUGUAACUUAUUACAAGCUCGGAACGCGUCUAUUACACAGUCUUGGUUUUGACCAAUUUGUUGCAUCGGACGAGUUCACACAAGAUAUGGUCAUAGCUGGACGGGCUUUAGUACAACUAGAAAGAAGUUCGCGUAAAAGGCAGAAGGAGCGCACAAGACGAGAGGAGCAGUGGACCGGUCGUCUGGGAGCAUUACGCUCAGGUAGACGACAGAUUCCUGAAGAUGAGCAACCUAUCAUGUCUGCUGAAGAAGCCAAUUCGGAAUAUGACUCUUGGGUGCUUCCUCCGCCCGUGAAUCGUGAACACGAUAUUGGCCUUCGGAAGGAACAUCCUUUACCUAAAAACAUAUUCGAUGACAUGAAUCCUGUAGGUAUGUCAGACCAAGACCGCCUUGAGAGACUCUUUGGAAAUCCAUUCCUUCCCCCAAAACCAGAGAGUAAACCGCAAAAGGAGUUUGUAUACACCCCUUCCGCUUACGUGAUGAUGAUUGAUCAGAUGAUCGGUUGCCGGAGUCGGCCUUGGAAUCCAGAACGGACCCCAAUUGUUCCUAGAAUGACCCUUUCGAUACCACCCAUGUCUCGAGAAGAAUUAUUCCUCUCACGAGCAAUGGAGAAUUGUGCUGUGAAAUCGGUAAUUGCUGGUGUACUUGGAUUGGGAGUUGGCGUGGCUUUCGGUUUAUUUACCGCUUCCGUCGAUCCGUCCAUAAGUAUGGUGGGAGGAGAUCCAACAAAACAGCUCACCCUGAAAGAGACUUGGAAAGAAAUGAGCGGCAGAAUGAAGUCGUACGGAAAGAAUUUCGGAUCAAUUGGAUUCAUGUUUUCAGGAACUGAGUGUCUCCUGGAGACAGUGCGAGCAAAAAGCGACUGGAAGAAUGGAACGUAUUCCGGAGCAAUUGUCGGUGGCAUUCUUGGUCUCCGUGCUGGCAUAAAGCCAGCCCUUUGGGGAGCUGCUGGCUUUGCGGCGUUUUCGACGCUCAUCGAUCAUUGGAUGAGAGGCUGA